AUGUCGGCCUCCUCUCGUAUCCCCCCCAUCGCCCAGCCCUUUGUCAGCGAACGGGCCAAAAAGACCCUCGACCUGGUCGAAGAAUUCGUCGAAAAGCACUGUAUCCCCGCCGAACCCCUCUUCUCUGCCCAGCUCGGCCAGGGCGAACAGCGAUGGAAGACCACCCCCGCCGUGAUCGAGGAGCUCAAGGUCAAGGCCCAGAAGAUGGGUCUCUGGAACAUGUUCCUCCCCAAGAACCACUUCUCCCAAGGCGCCGGUUUCACCAACCUGGAGUACGGUCUGAUGGCCGAGUAUUUGGGCAAGAGCAAGCUGGCCUCCGAGGCCACGAAUAACGCCGCCCCCGACACCGGAAACAUGGAGGUCCUGGCCAAGUACGGCAAUGAAGCCCAGAAGCAGCGGUGGUUGACCCCUCUGCUCGAGGGCAAGAUUCGCUCCGCCUUCCUCAUGACCGAGCCCGACGUCGCCUCCAGCGAUGCCACCAACAUCCAGCUGAACAUCCGCCGUGAGGGCAACGAGUACGUCCUCAACGGAUCGAAAUGGUGGUCCUCCGGCGCCGGUGACCCCCGUUGCCAGAUUUACCUCGUAAUGGGCAAGUCCAACCCCAACGCCGACGCGUACAACUCGCAGUCGGUCAUCCUCGUCCCCGCCGACACCCCCGGUAUCACCAUCCACCGCAUGCUGUCGGUGUACGGGUAUGAUGAUGCGCCGCACGGCCACGGCCACAUCACCUUCACCAACGUGCGCGUGCCGGUUAGCAACAUGGUCCUGGGCGAGGGCCGUGGCUUCGAGAUCAUCCAGGGCCGCCUGGGCCCGGGCCGCAUUCACCACGCCAUGCGCACCAUCGGCGCCGCCGAGAAGGCGCUCGAGUGGCUGAUCGCCCGCAUCAACGACGACCGCAAGAAGACCUUCGGCCAGCCGCUCGCCGCCCACGGCGUCAUCCUCGAGUGGGUCGCCCGCUCGCGCAUCGAGAUCGACGCCGCCCGCCUCAUCGUCCUCAACGCCGCCAUCAAGAUCGACCAGGGCAACGCCAAGUCCGCCCUCAAGGAGAUCGCCCAGGCCAAGGUCCUCGUGCCCCAGACAGCCCUCACCGUUAUCGACCGCGCCGUCCAGGCCUACGGCGCCGCCGGCGUCUGCCAGGAUACCCCGCUUGCCAACCUCUGGGCCAUGAUCCGCACCCUGCGCAUUGCCGAUGGGCCCGACGAGGUCCAUCUCCAGCAGCUCGGUCGCCGCGAGAACCGCGCCCGCAAGGAUGCCGUCGUCCAGAAGCUCGACUGGCAGCGCGCCGAGGGCGAGCGCAUCCUUUCCGCUGCUGGCUUCACUGCCCCCAAGUCUCAUCUGUAG